GCAAAUGGUUCUUAACCUCAUCAAAAUUAAAGAACGGCGUAUCCGAUUAUCCGGUAACACGCUUGUAAGGCGAUGAACUUCUUUGAAUGCCAAUUUCGCUUUGAGAGUACCGAAUGGCUCGCUCUCUCGGGUCCACCGACACCGCUCUGUCCUAAAUUGCCUUUCGACACAGGACUCACGUCGUCGGUCGCGACUGCUCCUUCAAGUACUCACCGACGUCACCACCCGCUACUCCUCUCUCUCUGGGGUUCCCUUGUAAAUCUUUGUCCUCUUCUCUCUGUUGUCCCGUCUUCUCUACCCUCUCGUGUUCGUCCUCGAUUCGCCCCCAGCGAACCCUAACCCUACAUCGGUUUCUCCCGUCGUUCUGCUCCGACAUUGGCGCUCUCGAAGUGGGGAUGGUGGAUUAGGGCUCGGAUCGAGCUAGAUGGAGGCCGGUUAUGGCUGCAGAAUUCUGAUGUUUUGAAACACUGUGGUCGGGGUCGGGGUUAGGGUUAGGGUUUUGUAUAUGUCUGUUGCUGAGCUGAAGGAGCGGCACAUCGCCGCGAAGGCGACAGUGAACGGUCUGCGCGAGCGGCUGAAACAGAGGCGGCAGGCGCUUCUCGACACCAAUGUUGUUGGGUAUGCUAAUAGCCAUGGGAAAACAGCGAUUAGCCUUGGUGCCACGGAUCUGGUUUGCUGUAGGACCAUGCUGGGUCAUACAGGGAAGGUCUAUUCAAUGGAUUGGGCUCCUGAAAGGAAUCGGAUAGUGCUUCCUAAGAUGGGAGUUUAAUUGUGUGGAAUGCGUUAACAAGCCAGAGAACACAUGCUAUAAAGCUUCACUGUGCAUGGGUCACGACAUGUGCCUUUGGCCCCAACAGUCAGUCUGUUGCAUGUGGUUGUCUUGAUAGUGCAUGCUCUAUUUUCAAACUCAAUUCUCAAGUUGAUAGAGAUGGAAAUAUACCAAUAUCAAGAACACUUACUGGGCACAAGGGCUAUGUAUCGUCUUGUCAGUAUGUUCCAGAUCAGGAAACUCGACUAAUUACUAGCUUAGGGGAUCAGACAUGUGUUUUAUGGGAUGUUAGUACUGGUCAGAGGAUCUCUGUCUUUGGAGGUGAAUUUCCAUCAGGACACACAACUGAUGUGUUGAGGUAACUGCACAGAUCCCAUCGUGAAAUCAUGUACUAGAAGCCAAGAUGCUUCAGUCAUAAAUUUUUGUAGUUUUUUUCCCUCCAAAGGUAGCUUAAUUUUACAUUGGAU